AUGUCGUCUAACGAGUGCUACCGAUGCCACAAGACUGGCCACUUCGCCAGAGAGUGUCCCGACGCCGGAAUGGGAGGCUACGGAGGAAGCCGUGGAGGAAGUGGUUACGGCGGUAUGGGCCGUAGCGGCGGUUACGAUCAACAGCGUCCUGGUGGCGGCCAACGCUUCGGAGGAGGCGGCGGCGGCAACCGAGGUUGCUACAACUGUGGCAAGGAAGGCCACAUCGCCCGCGACUGCCCCACCGCGUCGGAGGGCCGUUCAUGCUACCGCUGCCACCAGCCUGGCCACAUCUCUCGCGAUUGCACCGUUUCGGUCUAG